GGCAGCUGUGCAUAACCAUCGCAUCACUUCCUAGCACUCCUCAAAGUUCGAGAAAGGUACCGCUCUUGAGGGGUGCUUGCAUUUCACUCAGCCGACAUGGCGCCCCACAAGGACACCAUGUUCCGCUCUGCGGACAUGUCCUUGACCCAGCUCUACAUCGCCAACGAGAUAGGGCGCGAGGUGGUCUCCGCUCUGGGCGAGCUUGGGGUCAUGGAUUUCAGAGAUCUGAACGCCGAGACCAGUGCCUUUCAACGCACAUUCACGCAAGAGAUACGGAGACUGGACAAUGUGGAAAGACAGCUCAGAUACUUUCAUUCGCAAAUGGAGAAGGCGGGGAUACCAAUCCGAUCCAUCUACGAUUUCAAUAACCCGUUUACAUCGCCCUCUGCCUCGGAGAUUGACGAACUCGCGGACAAGUGCCAGAGCCUUGAGAACCGGAUCUCGUCGUUGAAUGAGAGUUACGAGACAUUGAAGCGGCGAGAAGUAGAGCUUACGGAGUGGCGCUGGGUGCUGCGAGAGGCCGGCGGGUUCUUCGAUAGGGCCCGGGGGCAGACCGAGGAAAUUCGCCAUUCCUUGGAUAACGACGAUGCUCCGCUGCUGCAGGAUAUCGAGCACCAUGGCCAGGGAGAGGGCGCGGCCGAUCGAUCAUUUUCCGUCAUGAACAUUGGAUUUGUCGCUGGUGUCAUUCCACGAGAACGGAUUGCUGCAUUCGAACGUAUCCUUUGGCGCACGCUGCGUGGCAAUCUGUACAUGAACCAAUCCGAGAUCCCUGAACCAAUCAUCAACCCCGAGAACAAUGAGCAAAUUAGCAAGAAUGUUUUUAUCAUCUUCGCCCACGGCAAGGAAAUCAUUGCGAAAAUCCGGAAGAUUUCAGAGUCGCUCGGCGCCGAUCUGUACAGCGUGGAUGAGAACAGCGAGCUUCGGCGGGACCAGAUCCGUGAAGUCAACACACGUCUGAGUGAUUUGGCCAGCGUCCUCAGGAACACCAAAUCAACACUGGAUGCUGAGCUUACUGCGAUCGGCCGGAACCUGGCGCCUUGGAUGGUCAUAAUCAAGAAGGAGAAGGCCACCUACCAGACUUUGAACAGGUUUUCCUACGACCAUCAGCGGAAGACCCUGAUCGCCGAAGCAUGGGCACCGACGAACUCAUUGGGUUUGAUCAAGUCGACGUUAUCAGACGUGAACGACCGAGCGGGCCUGUCUGUCCCCACCAUUGUCAACCAGAUCAAGACGACGAAGACGCCGCCGACAUAUUUCAAGACCAACCGCUUCACACUUGGAUUCCAGACCAUCAUCGAUGCGUACGGAACCAUCAAAUACCGCGAAGUCAACCCCGCACUACCCGCCAUCGUAACCUUCCCCUUCAUGUUCGCGGUCAUGUUUGGUGACGCCGGUCACGGUACCAUUUUGUUGCUCGCCGCAGUUGCCAUGAUCUACUACGAGCGGAAGCUGGAGCGGAAGAAACUGGACGAGCUCUUUGGGAUGAUCUUUUACGGGAGGUACAUUGUUCUGAUGAUGGGUAUCUUCUCCAUCUACACCGGGCUCAUCUACUGCGACGCAUUCUCACUCGAACUACCAUUCUUCAAGUCGAUGUGGAAAUGGGAUAACGAUGGCAAGGGUCCAACGGCUUCGCGCGUCGAUGGAUAUACGUAUCCCUUUGGUCUGGAUUGGCGAUGGCACGGAACCGACAACGAUUUACUCUUCUCCAACAGCUACAAGAUGAAGUUGAGUAUCCUGCUUGGUUGGGCACACAUGACCUUCUCCCUCAUCUGGUCUCUGGUCAAUGCUCGCUACUUCAAGACGCCGAUUGAUAUCUGGGGCAACUUUGUUCCGGGGAUGAUUUUCUUCCAGUCCAUCUUUGGAUAUCUGGCCUUUUCGAUUGUCUACAAAUGGGUAGUGGACUGGCAGGCUGCGGGACAGAGCCCACCUAGCUUGCUGAACAUGUUGAUCUACAUGUUCCUUCAGCCAGGCACGCUGGAACCAGGGACUCAACCCUUAUACAGGGGGCAGGCCACGGUGCAGGUCAUCCUACUGCUCAUGGCGUUGGUGUGCGUGCCUAUCCUACUCUUCCUCAAGCCGUUCUACCUGCGCUACGAGCACAACAAGGCUCGAGCAUUGGGAUACCGGGGAAUUGGAGAGACGAGCAGAGUCAGCGCUCUUGACAAUGACGAGGACGAGGGACGAGCCUUGAACGGCGGACGCGAGAGCUUUGGGGAUGACGAUGACGGCAUCGCCAUGAUCACGCAAGACAUUGGCCAUGGAGAGGAUCAUGAGGAAUUCGAGUUUGGUGAGAUUAUGAUCCACCAAGUCAUCCACACCAUCGAAUUCUGUCUCAACUGUGUCUCCCAUACAGCAUCCUACCUCCGCCUCUGGGCCCUGUCGCUGGCGCAUCAACGCCUGUCGAUUGUGCUUUGGGACAUGACGAUGAGGAUCGCAUUUGGCUUCACGGGCCUCACUGGGGCCAUCAUCAUGACUGUCAUCUUCUACGGCUGGUUCGUGCUCACCGUCUUUGUGCUGUGCAUCAUGGAGGGUACCAGCGCCAUGUUACACUCUCUGCGGUUGCACUGGGUGGAAGCGAUGAGCAAGCAUUUCAUGGGCGACGGCGUGCCAUUUCAGCCGUUUAGUUUCAAGACGCUGCUUGAGGAGGAUCCUGUUGAAUAGCGGGCCUUCUUUUUGGCUUUUUAAAUGUUCCCUCGGUGUAAGACUAGGACGAUAGCAAACAACGGGAUAGCUGUAUCGUUCUAUAUGUAGAUAUGUAGCGAUGUACAACAUUGUUGUCGCAUUGGACGUGUUUCUGUAAGGUCACACUUAUCAUAUGCAACCAUGCAAG